CUAAAAGAGCUGGGCUUUGACCAGGCCUUCAACUACAAGACUGUCUCUUCACUAGAGGAAGCGCUGAAGAACGCUUCACCUGAAGGAUACGACUGCUACUUUGAGAAUGUGGGAGUUCCCUUCUUUACCGAAGCACUCAAAAACAUGAAGCCAGGAGGUCGUACCGCUGUUUGCGGUGCAAGAGCCAAUUACAAUGACACAACACCACAGAUGUGUACUUAUCCUCACCACGAAAUAAUUACACGGCAACUGAAGAUAGAAGGCUUUAUGGUGAGAUCUUGGCAACACAAAGAUGCAGAAUAUAUCAAGAGAAUGCUUAAAUGGAUGGAAGAGGGCAAACUGAAGGCGAAGGAAGUGGACACAGUUGGCUUUGAGAACAUGCCUGCUGCCUUCAUAAAGAUGCUGAAGGGCGAUGGGCUUGGGAAGGCUAUUGUUAAAGUCUGAAGCUUUAACAAUAAUGUCACUAAUGUCCCCCCCCACCCCCCCAAAUGUCACUAUUUUAACUGUCUUUCACUUCAAUAUGUUUACAAAUAAA